AUGGCUGAGCCGCUUGCCAAAAUGAACCACUCGAAACCCACAGGGCUUGAACCUGUACCAAGUCUUGAAAUAGGUGCCAUGGAGAUUGUCGAGAACAACGUCACUGAGGCACAAGGGCAUCAGGCUGAGAUGCCGCGCUCCUUCUCGCGCCUGUCGUCCAUUGCUGUCGGAUUCGGUAUCACAAACAGUUGGAUUGCCUAUCUGAGCAGUUUCGCCAUCUCCUUGAGCUAUGGUGGCCGCCCAGUGGUCAUCUUUGGUUGCUUGAUAGCUACCUUCGUGCAAGGAUUCAUCACGCUGGGCCUUUCGGAGAUUGCGUCGGCUUUCCCUUCGUCAGGCGGACAAUAUCAUUUUGUAUGGGUGUUGGCACCCCUGAAAACCAGGCGCUUUGCUGCGUUUGUUAUCGGGUGGAUGACCUUACUCGGAUGGUGGAUCAUUGCUUGUUCUGGCGCCACUCUCUCUGCCGUUUCUAUCAUCGGCAUGGUCAGUUUCUGGUACCCGGACCUGGUCCUGCAUGCCUGGCAGACAUGGUUAGUCUACGUCGGCGUCGUCUGCAUGACAGCGGCACCGGUCGUUCUCUUCCCCAAGGCAGUGCCACGCAUCGCUCAGUUCGUCCUCACCAUGUCGAUUGUCGGCUUUGUUAUUUGUUUCACCAUUGUUCUGGCGAUGAAGAAACAAGUGGUUCCUGGCAGCACCGUGACAAAACUCAACCAAGGCACAUCAGGAUGGCCGGAUGGUUUGGGAUGGUUUCUCGGGAUUUGUAACGCAUUAUUUGCGUAUGUCGGAACAGACAGCCCGAUCCACAUCGCAGAAGAGAUGCACAGACCUGGAAGACAAAUCCCGGAAGCUAUGAAUACCACGAUUCUCAUCGGAUUCCUGACCACAAUGCCGCUCAUGGUUGCAAUGAUGUACACAGUGGCUGACACAGACGCCGUUGUCAAUUCUGCUCUGCCCUCGCUCGAAGCCUUCUAUCAAAUUACAGGAAGUAAGGGGGUUUCCACGUUCAUGUUGGCAUGGACCACCGUCAUCUAUACUGUGUGUGUCGUGCCUCAGUGGGUUACAUGUGGGCGCAUGGCGUGGGCAUUUUCUCGAGACAACGGGCUGCCGUUCUCAGACUACUUCAAGCAUCUCCACCCGAAGACCAAAGUCCCAGUGAGAGCCACCGUGCUCUCUGUGGUCUUCUGUUGGAUUUAUGGACUCUUAUUCAUCGCGUCCUCAGCAGCCUUCAACUCUAUUAUUACCUCGGCUGUGCUUUACCUGAACAUCACCUAUGUGGUCCCUCAGGCUAUAUUGCUCGCACGCGGGCGCUCGACCCUACCAAACCGGGCUUUAAAUCUCGGAAAGCUCGGCUUGUUUUGCAACGUCUUUUCGCAAAUUGCGGUCGUUUGCAUCUUGGUUUUCACCUGUUUCCCCAGUUUCGACCCUAUCCAAAUCUCCAGUAUGAAUUGGUCCAGUGUUGUUCUGGUCGGCCUGUUUGGCCUCAUUAUUGUACUAUUCUUCGUCACAGGCAGGAACUUCCAAGGCCCAGAGAUCGAUAUGGCGCUGAUCAGCGCUGCAAAUCAACAAGAGCGGGAUCUCAGCAAGAGAAAAUAA